UAGCAUACGAACCUUCUCCCGUCCCUCCUCCCGUCUCCAGCUCGCCCCGUCUCUCUCUCUCUCUCUCUCUCUCUCUCUCUCUGCGGCGAAAGCCGACACCAAACCCAUGGAUCCGUCCCCGCGGCGAGAGCUCCAGGGACCCCGUCCAUCUCCUCUCAAGGUCGGCAAAGACUCGCACAAAAUCCGGAAGCCGCCUAUCGCUCCGCCGCGCCACCACCAUCCGCCGGCGGCCGACCCUCCGCCGGCGCGCCCUCGCGGCCCGGUCAUCAUCUACACCGUCUCCCCCAAGAUCAUCCACAUAAAUUCCAGCGAGUUCAUGACCCUGGUCCAGCGGCUCACCGGCUCCAACUCCUCAACCGCAAAUCCUCCUCCACUGCCGCAGCCGCCUCUGCCCCCAUCCGGCGCGAUCUCCCCCGCUGCCCGCAUCGCCUCCUUCGAGAGAUCCACCGCCGCAUCCUCGUCGCCGCGUGUGAGGGACGCAAGGGCGCAACCGGGGGUUUCGGAUCGGUGGGAGAUCGGGGGCGGGCCAACCCUCGACCGGACUGCUUCCUUCCCCGGGAUCUUGUCGCCGGUUCCCUCCUCGCUCCCCCCGAUCUCCCCCGCACUUUUCACCCCGCCGGCGUUCGAUCCUAGCGUGAUUAGCUUCUUCCACGAGCUGAGCCCAAUUUUCGCCAACAACUUCAACGGCAACAUCUUCAGCAACAGUCCCAUCCCUAAUUUGCUCGUGACUCCCACCGUGCCAUCGCCGGGAGCAUUUUGGGAUCUCAUGAGCCAAUUUCCAGACACGUAGCGGAAAAUUAGGGUUCUAUCUCCUCUCCCCCAAUCACCAGCUGUCCUUCCGGUUUCCGGUUCACAAAGGUUUAUUAUUUCCUUCUUCUCCUCUGUUUUUUUCCCUCUAUGUUUUUGCUCCAAUUACAACGCCAUAGAAAUAUUUCACUGAAGAACAAUUCAAACUCUAACCCCCGAAGAAAUUAAAUAUUUUAUGUACAUUUUAUUGUAUAUUUUAUUUUUUUAUUAUUAAUAUUGGAUGUUCUGGUUGGAUGCUUA